UCAGUAAAACUCAACACUUCAGCUGAUGUGCCGCUGAAAUUUUCUGUGUUCACCAAAAUUUGGUUUAUUAUUGUGUAAAUGGUCCCCAAUUAUUGAAUGCUUGUUUACAAAUUCCGGUUCGCGAGUGAUAUGCUCUACCUCUGAUCAAGUGUAAUAUUUGUGAUAAUCGAAAGACUGUAAUCGCAACAACAAAAAGUGCUCAAUUAUCAGUAAUUUAAUAAAUUAGGAACUUUAUCAGAUGCCAUAAGCCAGCUCAAUACUGAUUAACUAUUUAUAAGUAAGCCCACAAAAAAAUUAUCAAGUGAAACGUUAAGGGGGUAAAUAGAAAUCUAAACGAACCAAACAAUUACACCCGAAGUCGGGCGAUUAGAAACGAACCUCAAAUAGAUAGAAAUACCAGCACAAAAUGCGAGUACUUGGCUCCAGUAUGCUGUUAGCCCUCAAACGGCUCUCAACGAGAAAACCCCCAACCUUGGUCAGUAAUAUCCGAUCGCUGAGCUCUUUUGGAACCAUGAGCCUACCGGAACGUCAGCCCUUCUCUCCAGAUUUCUUCUUCCGUCAACUUUUUGAUGGCGAAAGUAGCACGUAUAGUUACCUUUUGGCGGAUCUGAAGAAUGGAGAGGCUGUGAUCAUUGAUCCUGUGCUGGAACAGGCUAAACGAGAUGCCCAGUUGGUCAAAGAUCUGGGUUUUCAGCUAAAGUAUGCCAUCAACACCCAUAUGCAUGCGGAUCACAUAACGGGCAGCGGUUGGUUGAGGAAGUUGACGGGUUGUCAGUCCGUGAUUGCGGCCGCCAGUGGAGCAAAAGCGGAUCGUCACUUAAAGGAGGGAGAUCGCAUUGAUUUUGGGACGCAUGUAAUAGAUACUUUGGCCACACCGGGACACACAAAUGGCUGCAUGAGCUAUGUGAUCAAGGAUCAGGCUUGUAUCUUCACCGGGGACACUCUCCUUAUACGAGGUUGUGGACGCACCGAUUUCCAGGAGGGCUGUCCACGUAACCUCUAUGACAAUGUGCAUAGCAAGAUCUUCACUCUUCCUGAGAACUUUCGCAUUUAUCCUGCACAUGACUACAAAGGUCAAAUGGAAAGCAGUGUUUGGGAGGAGAAGCGCUAUAACCCUAGACUGACUAAGGAUAUCGAGGAGUUUGUCAAAAUCAUGGACACCCUAAAUUUGCCUUAUCCCAAGAAAAUAGAUGCCUCGCUGCCCGCCAAUCGGGAAUGUGGAGUGUACGAUAUACCCAAGGAGUAAACCUAACACCUGGAGCAUAUAUGAUAAUGUUUCUAAGAGAUUUGUAAUCUUUAAAAUAAAUAUACGUAUAUUUCUUAUCAAAA